AUGAGCUGUGCUGUGGAUACUUACGAUUCUGGACCACAUUUCAAAUGGAUUACUCGUAGCAGUGUUGAAAGAAGCGAUGAAAGAGGUCAUACAACUACUAGUAAUAAUAAUAGUAUGGGUUAUAAUCAGUUAUUAGAUUCAAUGCGUUUUACAAUUCAAGAUCUUAUUCAACAAGAAAGUUGUAUUGGUUCAUCAAAUUAUCCAGUUGAUAAACCAUCACGUCUUGUACAAAUUGAAUGUCGUAAACCAGGAUGUCGUUGUGUACUUAAAAAUGAACGUGCAUUAGCUAUGAAAAUUAUUCCUGGCAUAACAUUGAUUCAAGCUGAAUGGUUAUUACCAAAUUCUAUUGUUUCAAAUGUUGACAAAUCACAGCCACAUCAUACAUCGACAAAUAAGAAUGGUUACAACCAAAAUGUACCAAAUAGUACACAGAUGAAAUCAUCUUGUUCACAUUCUGUAGUUCUUACUUCUUGUUGUCCUACAUGGUUUGAAUUAGUACAAAAAAGUCAUAUUGGAUCAUCUGAUACUGGACCAAAAAUUUGUCCAGAAGUUCCAGUUUGGUCAAGUUGUAAAGCAGUAUGGCGUGCUAAACCAAAAUUUAUUCUCUUAAGAAAAGAUACACAAUGUUUAUUCUCAACCAAUACACAAUCUCUAAUUAUGAGUUCAACUGACUUACUUAAAAAAGAUGAUCCUUCUAUGAUAACAUUAAAUGCAGAUAAAAUUGGUAUUCUUCGUCCGGGAACUAUACUACAACUAAUUGAUUGUCGAUUAUGUCGUCUUGUACACAAAGAAGACAAUCAGAUUUCAUCAUAUCGUCUUUCUGUACGUCAUCGUUUAAAACCUGUUUCAAUGUUACAAUGUAUUGUUGUUGGUGGGAAAGCAUUGGCUGCUUUAGCUUCUUCAUCCACACUGUCAACAAAUUUAUCUUCUCAGGAUGCAUUGAAUUGGUUCCAUACAGGUCCUCGAUUGGUGUAUUUAUCAUUAGCUUCGAAAUCAAUCAUGUGUAGUCCGGUAAAAAUCCCACCAACAAUAAGUGUACAUAAUAGUACUAAUCAUCAUCAACAUCAUCAUAAAAAUUCUAGUCAUAUGAAAUUAUUCAACAAUGAACUGGAUUAUCAUCCUAUCUCUGACCACGGUGUACAUAAUAUUCUAUCCUUGUUAAGUACAUAUCGAUUACCGCUCAUUACACGCCCAAUUGUUGGUUUACAUUCAAAUGAAUGGUUUUUCAUGGGAAAAUCUCCUAAUCAAUCAAUACUGUCAAAUACAAAUCCGAACUGCAUUAAUAUGCAUUCAUUGUUACAAAUUUGUUCAUGUCAUCAUGGGGAUUUAAUAUUUUUAGAACCAUUAUCCGAUUGUACUCAGUCCGUACAACAACAAAAUCAAUCUAUCAUCAUCAAUGGUGAUGAUCAUGGUGAUAAUCCAACCAAAAGUCGAUUUUUUGUUGUCACCACGGAUAUGUUAUCGCAUCAUUAUUUUCUGGUAGCUGAUACAAAUACAUGUGAAACAUAUCAUCAACAAUUAGAAGUACAUGCAUUUAAAGUAGCUCAUUUUCUGGCAUCAUAUCAUCCUGUUCAAGGUUUAAGUUAUAUAUUAAAACAUUUAGAAGAUAUAACACAUUUAUCUAAUAUUGGACCGUCGUAUUUACCAUUGACUAGAACAUUUGGACCAAUCACCAAUCGUUUGAAUACAACCGCAUUGAUUCAAUCAGCCAUAUUAAGUAUAGCUGCGAUUGCCUCAUUAACAAUGCAUGAAGAAUUGAAUGAUAUACCGCAAGAUUUAAAUCAGUUGAAUGAAAUUCAACCGAAAAUUAUGCAUUAUUUAACAUUGAAUAGUAAUAAUAAUAAUAAUAAUAGUAAUAAUAAUAACAAUUCAAUCACGACAACAACCAGUAGUACUACUACUACUAAUAAUCAUUAUAAUAGUAGUAUGACUUGUCAUAGUUAUCAUAAUUCCAUGCAUACAUCAUCAUCUAAUGAUAUUCAUGAUAUCACUUCAAUGAAUCAUUUAAUCAAUUCUAAUUUAAAUACACAAUUUAGUUUAUCUUCAUCAUUGUUUACUAGUGAAAUUGAUGAGAUGAAUGCAUUGUGCGAUGAAAUUGACGAUAUUUAUUUUUAUGUACGUAAUGGACAUUUUCCAAUGCAAUCACAUUCAUUGUCUUCUUUGCUGCAUCAUACUCAUCACACUCAUCAUCAUCAUCGUCAUGCCGAUAGAAAUACACAUUCAAAUAAUUUAUCCGCGCCAAUUUCACCACAUUUAAACAAAUUAUCUACAAAUAAUCAAUUUAUGUCCAAUGAAUUCAUUAAUCCUAAAUUAUCGAUCAAUAAUGAAGAAUAUGUUGCACAACCUACUACUACUACAACUACUAAUCAUCAUCAUCAUCAUAAUCAUAAAAGUUAUUAUCAAACUGUUGAUGAUAAUUUUAAUCAGUUGAAUAAUUUUCCAGUGAAAAUUACAAGUAAAGCACCAGUUUUAUUGAUUCGUCCUAAACCUUAUCAUGAUAAUCAGCAUUAUUAUUCACAAAUCGAUAAUGAAAAUAAAGAGAGAAAACCAGAAAUGAUGACAUAUUUACCUGUGACAACGAUAUCGAUUCAUCAACAGAAUCAUUGCACUACUGCCACUGCUAUUACUACUACUACUACUGGUCAUCAAACGUCAAAUUAUAUGAAUGUAUAUCAUAGAACUCCAAGUAAUCAUUGUAAAUUACAUGAAACGUCGUCAAUUAUCAAUGAUGUAAAUAGUAAACCACAAGUCUUUCCAUAUACUUCUAAUCUCGUUACUGCUACUACUAGUACUACUACUCCUUCUACUACUACAACGAUAACUAAUAGUAAUCAGAAUACUAAGAGUUCAUUAGCAUUUACUCCUUUGAUGUAUUGUUCCACUUCAUCUCAUUUACCUAUCAAUCAAAGUUUUACACAUUUUACACCAACAUAUAAAUGUGAAGAUAAUAUUCAAUCGCCUGUAUCACAAACGAAUACAAUGUUAACAACUGGAUAUCAUUCAACUCAAAAUAUUACUAAAUUAAAUUACAAUCAUACUAAUCCGAAUGAUAUUUCAUGUACACAUCAAUCGAUUCAUUCAACUUAUAAACAACCUUUAUAUUCUAGUAUGAUGUUAUCAUCUUAUCAUAAUUGUUCAAAUUUACCAUCACCAUCGAUAACUUGUUGUUUAAAUCAAAUGAGCAAAUCAUCAAAACCAUUAUUUACAACAUCAACAUUGAAUAUAUUAUCUACAUCAAAACAAAAUCUUAAAUCAUUUCAAAAUCAAAAUCAAAUUGAAGAAUCAAUUUAUGAUGAACCAAAAAAUCAAGAUGAUGAUUAUUCAAUACAACAACAACAACAGCAACAGUACAAAACUCUUGAUCAUAAUCAUACAAAUACAACUGGUACAAAUAAUUUCACUUAUGAUUAUGGAUAUCAUUUAUCUUCAUCAUCACCAUCUCAUAAUCGACAUCAGUUGAGUUUAUCCACAUCACAUAUUGUUCAUCCAUCUGUCAGUCGAUCGAUGCAUAUAAAUGAUGAUUGUUUUGGAAAUGUAUGGAGUUCAUCAGUUCCUAUCAAUAAUACUACUAAUCUUAGCAGUGUUGCUACUACUAAUAACAACAAAAGUAGUACUGGUUUCCAAUCGAUUAAUAAUGUGAUGAAUGAUCGAACAACUAGUACAAUGAAUUGUGUACAAAUUAUGCCAUCCAAUGUUAUUCCUUGUUCAACGAUAACGAAUGUUGAUACUAGUACUUCUACUACUACGACUCCUAAUAUUAAUAACAAUGUAAGUCAUCAUUUCACAUCACAUAAUCAACCUUCUUGUAUGACAACAAGUUUUCAUCAUCAAUCUGUACAGAAUAGCUUUUCAUCAAUCCAACAACCACCAUCGAUGCCUUUAUUGUAUCCCUUAUCAACUACAUUCAAUCAUACAUCACGAUUAUAUCAAUCCACAAUCAUAUCACCAACAUCUAAUGACAACAAGAAACAAAUUCCAACACAACAACAUUCUAUGCUGAUGAUAACUCGACCAUCAUCUCGAUAUGUUACAUCAACGACAAAUUUAAAUUUUACUAUGUCAAAUUAUGAUAAUCAACUGACAAUGCCUUCAUCAUUGUUUGUAUUACAAUCACCUAAAUUGAAACGUUCUGAUUUUACAAAUUCAUCACCGGAUACAGGAAUUGGAAUAGAAAGUACAUAUGAUCAACAGACUACUACUACCACUACUACUCCUACUACUGGUACUUCUACAUAUACAGAUGGUGGAGGAGUAGGAGGAGGACCUUUUAUACCGUCAAAUACAUAUCAUCAUUCGUUCUCAUCAUCAUCCUCAUCAAAUUUAGCUGUAUGGUCACCAUCACAUAAUCAAUGUUGUCAACAUUUGGAUCGACAAAAUACUGCAACUGUUUCUUCUACAAUGAUGAAUGAAAUUAAUUCAGGUAAAUAUUUCACUUCAUGUAAAUUAACAACAACAUUUCCUCCUAUACAACAAACUAAUCAAUUGAUUAAUUCGCCUAUGAACAUUAUGGUCAAUACUAUACAGAAUUAUAAUCUCAAUAACAAAAAUCAAUCAAAUUCUUAUCGAUUUUAGAUGAUGAAUAAUAUAUCAUCAAACUAUUUGUCUUCCGACUAGGAUCUUUUUUUUCACUCA